AGGUUUUGCACUGCACGUGAAGGUCUAUUUGCUCUCUCGCUGAAGUUUUUGAGCUUCUCCAUGGGUUUGCAGCACUGCUACUGCUGCAGGGGUUGGAUGGUUUCAGAGCUGCUCUUGUUGAUUACAGGUCCCUGUCCACCCAGGAAGUCACAAAUGGACUGUAGAAAUGUAUCUGAGAACAGCAAGGAGAUCUCCAACUCUUGUUUGGAGCCUGACUCACUGCUGCCCCCAGCAUCUGGCAGUGAUUCUUGCUCCUCCUCCUCAGCUGGACAACGAGUUGGGACAACUGCUGGGAGACCAGCAGCUGCAAAUGCUGCCCGGGAGCGUAGCCGAGUGCAGACCCUGCGCCAGGCCUUUCUGGAGCUGCAGAGGACCCUGCCCUCUGUCCCACCUGACACCAAGCUCUCCAAGUUGGAUGUGCUGCUCCUGGCCACCACCUACAUUGCACACCUCACCCGUAGCCUACAGGAUGAGGAAGAGUUGCCUGGGGAGGGAUUGGGCACCCUGAGAGGGGAUGGCUACCUGCACCCGGUCAAGAAAUGGCCAAUGCGAUCCAGGUUAUAUAUUGGAGCUACAGGACAGUUUUUGAAUCACUCAGUGCAAGCAGAAAAUGCAAACCAAGGAGAAACAUCAACAAAUUCACAAAGCUAAUCUACCUUGUCCUUUUUUAAAAUUGUGAUAUUUAUUACACCAGAUAUAUUUAAGUUAAAACACAUUUUCAGACAAACUAUAAUUUCUGAUAUAUUGUUAAUGGAUGAGAGAGAAUUGAUUCUUAAUGUAUGUAAAACCACAUCAAGUAAAUGCGAAAUUUAAUUUGUCCCUAGCAGUGGUGGAGAUUGGUGAUGUCCAAAAUGGGUGGGCAAAACUGAAAGACAAUUGCACUCAGAGCUAACUUAAAGCAGCGGGCAAUGCGGUGAUACUCUUAAUGAAUCAAUACAGAGUAGGUACUGUACCAUACCCAGAAUGAAGGAUUCACAGAAUAUGUUAUGUAGGAACAAAUGCAAUAUAAAUUAUAUACAGUGCAAUGCACAUUUCAACUAAAAAGCAAACACAAGGAUGUCUAAAGAAAUACAAACAAGUCCAAAGAGAGAUACACUUUCUACACUGUGGAUGAAAUCCUGGCUCCACUGAAGUCAAUGGCAUAACUCCCACUGACUUCCAUAGGGUCAGCAUUUCACCCUAAUAAUCUAAGAUCUUAAAUUUCUGAAUUUUCUCUGAAAAUUGUGAAUGUAUGUUAAUUGUCACAUGAAAGGUGUCCUGUAAUCCA